UUCUUUGGAGGAUCAGUGUGGACUUGUUGGGCCAAAGGGCCUGUUUCCAUACUGUAGGGAAUCUAAUCUUAAAAGUUUAAAUUAGAAACAGUGGGCCACCACUAGAUGUGGCAUAUCAAAUCAUUCUAGGUAGAAUCCUAAAGGCAAGCAGGAAAAUGCCAAGUCAUAAUUAUUUUGUUUGGUGCAGCUCAAUCCAUUAUAGGUGACUGUAGAUGGAUGAAAAUUUCACCUAAAUCACACGAUUUCAGGUCUCACUUUAGAGAUUUGAGUUCAGUCUGGAUCACGGUUGAUGGCCACUGGUGCUGACGUUUGGAAGAGACAUUAAAAUAAAAACUGGUUGGCUUUCUGAAUUGAAUGUAAAAAGAUCCUUGACACCAUUUCAAAGAUAACCAGCGUAUUUUUCCUUUGCUGGUCAAACAUUAUCCUGGAGUCAGCAUUACAAAUGGAAUAUCUUGCCAUUACUCUCCGUGGGAACUUGCUGUAUCGAAAUUGGUUGCAACAUUUCCCGCAUUACAGCACUAAACUUCAAUGUAAAAUGGUUGUAUCAGGUUGUUAAAGGUUCUGAAUAAAUAAGUAUUUCGUUUCCGUAUCUCCCCCCUCCCCCAUAUUACCAACCUAUUGUGGAUCGACUUGAAAAGUUCCGAUGAAUAUUCAUUACCUGUGCAUGAACGCCUCUAGUAUUCUGCUUGCAACAAUUAGACUGGCUGAUCAGACUUUUAUAGAUUACUAUAAGUAGUCAACAAUAAUGCAGUGGAAACAGUGACCGUUAGUUGCCUCAAUGAAAAUUGCAAAAUAGAACAAUUACAACGUCCAAGGGGAUGAUCUAGAUGACUGGACUGUUGGUUCGCGUUUGAAAUACCUGUACAGUAGAGUUUUGAGAAGCUCGUGUUUUACUGAAGUUAGACAAGUUUGAGCAGCGCCUGCAGUAGAUACCAGAGACCGAGGUUGAACUGGGGUGGGGUAGAGAAACGAACGCUCUCGGCUGGGGUCAGGUUACUUGCGGCGAGCUACUGAUGGUGGCUGGGAGGGGCGAAGUGAGGCGAGGCGUCACCGUCACUUUAUAAUCUCAUCUUCAACGCAAGGCGGCUACUCAGAAUAACAGCCCGAGAUCAGACAAAACAUUAGUAGGCACUUUCUGAGAGAUCAGGAGGCAUUUCCGAUAUGGCGGCCCCGGAGCGAUGGCUUCUUAUCUACCUGUCCUUGCUUUCCCUCAACAAAUGGACUUCGGCUUUUAACUUGGAUACCGAAAAUGUUAUUAAGAAAACUGGAAAGCCGUCAAGCUUGUUUGGGUUUUCUCUUGCUAUGCACUGGCAGCGAAAGCCAAGAGAUCAAAAAAUGUUAUUAGUUGGUGCUCCAAAAGCAGAAGGACUUCCGAACCAAAAAGCUACAAUUACGGGAGGAUUGUACAAAUGCCCCAUUACAGCUGAAGAAAAUGACUGUGUGCGUGUCAUUUUUGAUGAUAAUGCUGAUUUGACACAGGAGAGUAAAGAAAAUCAAUGGAUGGGUGUUUCUGUGAGAAGUCAGGGACCAGGUGGGAAGGUCAUGGUUUGUGCUCAUCGGUAUGAGCUAAGGCGAUAUGUGAAUAAACCAGACGAGGCUCGUGAUGUGACUGGACAGUGCUAUGUUUUGAGCCAGGAUCUUGUUUUCCGUGAAAAUGAAACCGAUAAAAAUGUGAAACUUUGCGUUGGGCGACUUCGGGGUCAUGAAAAGUUUGGUAUUUGUCAGCAAGGUGUAGCUAGUGCUUUCAGCAAUAAUGGUACAUAUUUUGUGUAUGGAGCACCAGGUGCCUACAACUGGAAAGGAAUAGUACAUGUUGAAGAAAUCAAAAACAUUGAAGAGCUUAACUUUGAUGGACCCUAUGAAGUUGGUGAUGAAAGCAAACGUGAUGAAAAAUUGAUACCUGUUCCUGCUAAUAGCUAUUUAGGCUUCUCUCUGGACUCAGGCAAGGGAAUCACAUCGAAGAAAACAUUUACCUUUGUAUCGGGUGCACCAAGAGCCAAUCAUGCUGGAGCGGUUGUUUUCCUAAAGAUAGAGGAACGCACAAGAAACCUAAUGACUGAACAUGUCCUGGAUGGGGAAGGAUUGGCAUCCUCUUUUGGAUAUGAUGUUGCUGUGGUGGACCUUAACCAAGACAGCUGGUUGGAUCUUGUAGUAGGAGCCCCACAGUUCUUUGACAGAGAAACAGGAAUUGGUGGUGCUGCAUACGUUUAUAUUAAUCAAGAAGGAAAUUGGAAGAACAUACAGCCUAUUCGUUUGAAUGGGACCAAAGAUUCCAUGUUUGGACUGGCUGUUGAGAAUAUAGGUGACAUUAACCAGGAUGGGUAUCCAGAUAUUGCUGUUGGAGCACCGUACGAGGAAAAUGGCAAAGUUUACAUAUACCAUGGAUCUAGUUCUGGGAUAAAUACAGAACCCUCUCAGAUUCUCGAUGGGAAUGACGUUGGGAUCCCUCUAUUUGGCUAUUCUCUUGCAGGCAACCUAGAUGUCGAUGCAAAUAAAUACCCUGAUCUGGCUGUUGGCUCACUCAGUGAUGUAGUCGUGAUGUACAGGGCACGACCAGUUAUCCAAAUCACAAAGAGAGUCACGACUACACCCAAUAUUAUUGAUAUGAAGAAGAGCUAUUGUCGUAACAAUCAAGGAUUUUGUAUGAGCGUCGAGGCAUGCUUUAUGUACACAACUCAUCCCAGUGGUUUCAAUUCCAGGAUAAUUGUAAACUAUUGGAUUGAAGCUGACACUGCAAGACAUAAGAUGGGUCGGAAGCCAAGAGUCAGAUUUAUUUCUCCUGGGGAUGUUUCCACUAACAAUGUGACUGGCAGUCUCAUAUUAAACAUGCAAGGAAAAGAGAAAUGUGUGAAUAAAGAAUUGCAACUGCAAGAACCUAUCUAUGAUAUACUACAUCCUAUUCCCAUAUCAGUUGGAGUACUGCUCAAGCAGUCAAGACGCAAGAAAAGGCAAGAUUCCAACUUAAUUGACUUGCUUCCUGUCCUUGAGAAGAGUGACCCUCAGCGUACACAGGUUGAAUUUUUGAAGGAAGGCUGUGGUUCUGAUGGCAUUUGCAAGAGUAACCUCAAGUUAGAAUAUGAAUUUUGCUCCAGGGAUCAAAACCAGCAGAAUAACUUUAUUCCUUUACCUAAGGAUAAAACAAUUCCAGUAUUUAAAUUAAAGGACCAGAAGGAUAUAGGUCUGAAAAUAACUGUUACUAACAAGCCAUCAGACCCCAAAAGACCAGAAGAAGAUGGGGAUGAUGCACAUGAAGCUCACCUGACUGCAACAUUUCCAGACACUUUAACCUACUCUACAUAUCGACCCCUGACAUCAAACUCAGACAAAAUAUUGUGCACAGCGAAUCAGAAUGGGUCUCAAGCAGUGUGCGAUUUGGGGAAUCCCUUAAAAAGAGGAUCUGAGGUUGUUUUCUACUUAGUCAUGAGUACUGCAGGAAUUACAUUGGACACCAGGAACCUUAAUAUCAAUCUACAACUGGAUACGACCAGCGAACAGGCUAAUGUGUCAACGAUUGCUUCUGCUCAAGUUAUGAUUGAACUACUUUUGUCUCUGGUUGGUGCUGCCAAACCAUCUCAAGUAUAUUUUGGAGGUUCCCCAAUUGGUGAGAGUGCUAUGAAGACUGAAGAGGAUAUAGGGAGUUUGAUUCAGUAUGAGUUCAGGAUAAUCCAUUUGGGCACCUCACGUAAAACUCUGAACAAUACCUGGCUACAAAUCAGGUGGCCAAAAGAAAUAAAUAAUGGAAAAUGGCUGCUCUAUUUGGUGAAAAUUGAUUCAAAAGGCAUCGAUAAUAUUAAAUGCAUGCCUGAAAAUGAAAUCAAUAACCAAAAUUUAAGGGAAGUUCCUAAUCAAAUAAGGAAAAGAAGACAGCUUGAGGCCAAUGGACCCAAGAAGUCAAGAAUAACUUUAUCUCCUAAAAGAAAAUAUAUAACUCUAGAUUGUGACCAGAUGAACACUACUAGAUGUGUUGAUAUAAAAUGUCCCCUUCAAGGACUUGAUAGCAGUGCAUUCCUGGUUUUACGUUCAAGGUUAUGGAACACCACUUUCCUAGAGGAAUUUUCCAAAUUGAAUUACCUUGAUAUCAUUGUUAAAGCCACGAUAACUGCUGAAUCUCAGGCCAAAAACAUUGUGAUUAAUAACGCUGAAACUAAGGUGCGAGUCACAGUGUUCCCUGAAAAAACUGAGAAUCAUUACUUUGGAGUUCCUUGGUGGAUUGUUUUUGUCGCUAUCCUGGUUGGAAUUUUGCUGUUGGCGCUUCUAGUAUUUUUAUUAUGGAAGUGUGGAUUUUUUAAACGCUCCCAUUAUGAUGACAGUGUUCCACGAUACCAUGCAGUCCGAAUCAAAAAAGAAGAACGGCAAACCUUUGAGGAUGUAAAAUUAAACAAGAAAUUUGACAAGAAACAAUGGAUGACAACAUGGCAGGAAAAUGAAAGCUACUCCUAAGAACCAUUGCCUUUGUAUUGUUAAAAUGCUGAAUUUAGCAUGCCAUAGUAAUAUGUACUAUGUUGGUACUGCAUUACUGUGCAUUGAUUUCUCUUCAACUGUCUAAAGAAUGGUUCUUGAUUACAGAGAUUUUUGUAGUGCAGCCCAUACCACAGUGUGGUUGCCCUUCUUUAAAUACACCCAGAAUGCCUUCUGGAUUGUUUGGAUUUUGAACCACUCAUUGUUUGAAAAGUUUUGGUGAGUAAGAUUUGCCUUGCACACCAAGUCUCCAGCAGCAUGGGAUUGAAUUAGUAUCUGCUCCAGAAUAUAGGUGUGAAAAACCUUCUAAUUUAAUUCAGUAACAUUUGGUCCUUGCCAUUUUUAAUCUUUAAUGUGCAAUAGUCAACUGUGCAACUGACUAUUGAUUUUCAAUUCAGUGUCGCCAGGACCCAGUUUGUGUGAUCAGAAAUGAGUCAACAUUUUGAACUGGGAUUGAGUUUUAAACAAAAAAAACUGUACAUUUUUGUAAAUAGUUAUAUAUUUUAGAAUGUCCUGGUAUUUAUUUUGUCAUAAAUUGUGUCCUUUCACUAAUCAUUAGUAUGCCACAGAUGGCUGAGUUUCCCAUCCAGGAUAAUAAAAAUGUUGUGGAUGCAACUUGAGUAUAGAAAUUUAGAUUUGAGUGAAAAAAGGUUUAAUGUCUAGAGAAAGUACUGACCAAUUUGUCUUUGCUUAGAUUUAUACUGGGUUAGUUUUGCCUCCCAUAUGGUGCUGAAAAGAAAUGAAAAAAAACCUUAAUGAGCUUGCUAAGUUUGUUUAAAAAUGGCCUGGUGCAGCAUUCAGUUGAUUCAGUUGUGUGGUCAAAUCAAAAAGUAAGUAAUUUGUUUCUUCCCAGACCUGAAUGUAAGUAUUCUACUGUCUAUAAAAUUAAAGGAAAAAUCGCAGACAAAACUUUAAUGUACAGAGGGUAUAUACACUCAAAUUAUAAGCUUGAGGAAGGGACAAUUAUGAAGCUUUGCUACAGGAGGAAAGAAUACUGUAAUGAAGUUUACUGUUUGGAGCAUGAAUGUAAUAAAUAAGUUGCAUAGGAGGAAGAAGAGAGGGUGAUAUGGGAGUGAAGAGAAUAGAGCAUUUUCCAAACUAGCUGCAAUUAUUAACCAAGCAGUGGGUCUACUGUAAUAAUCGACUCUUUUGGGUAAGAAAAGCAAAUGCGAAAACAGAAGUUUAACACUGGGUGGAGGUAGGGGAAGCUAAGAAGGGGAUAUACCAUUGCAAUGAAGAACUGUGAGGACUGUAAGCUGUCUGUCAGGCUCUAGCAGAAAAAAAAAGUCUCACUUUUGUACCAGGGAACUUUCAGGCACCCAUUGUUAGAAGUCACCCAGAUUGUUUGUUUCUCUUUCAACUAACUUAUGCUUCAUUUCCUACACAGUCUGCUAAAACUCUUGGGGUGAAUUCUUACUUUUGAGUUUUUUGCUACUUUUAGAAUCCACUUUCCCCUUGUACUUUGAACUUCUCCAGAAUGCUUGUGGAUUUGCAUUACUGCAUAAGUAGCUGCUAGCUUAAAACAGUUGGGUGCCUGCAUAACCAACUGGUGAGCUGCACAAAAUACAAAAGAACUGUUACCAAUAUAUGUGACUAACCCAGGUGGUGUUACACUAUACUUGGGCAUCUCAUUUUACUGAUACUAAUCCACAGUAGGUGCUAGUCUAGGCACUGGGACUAUUAACUAUCGAAUUCUUUAUGAUGGAUGCAAAUGGCGUGAAUAUUCUAUAUGUGCUACUGUUGGAAAGCAUUUUAUAUUGGCUACUCUUUUGUGUAGGAUUUUGAGGUUUUGGGAUUUGACCUGUAUCUUCUUUCUUCCUUGUAUAACUAAAGUCGGGUGUAGCCUGCAUAGUUACUGUUACUUGUGCAGGUAUCAUGCUGAGUCAUGUCCCUAAUGGUGAGCUACAGCUCAAAUAAGUCUUUUCUUAGCUUUUACAGAACAUCUAUCAAUGUGUCUUUGUGCCAGUAGUGUUUUAUGAAUUUGUUUUGUAACUGCUGUAUUCUUCAUGUACAGAUAGGACUGGUUUAGUUUGGGAUAAUGUUUGGCACGGACUGGUUGGACCGAAGGGUCUGCUUCCAUGUUGUGUGACUUUGUUUUGUGUUCAUAUUUUCUGCAAUAUUUAUGCAUUUUUGUUUUAGUAAGUUUGCAACAUGAUGCAUUUUCCCCCCCAUGUCGUAUCACUUUCCCUGUCUCAUUUUUGCAAAGCUAGCAAGUAUUCUUGCCCGGGAAAUCUAAAUCCAAACUGCAGUUGUUCCCAGUACACUGGGGCACAGUUUCAUUAAGAAUGAACUUUUAAAUAUUCUACACAACCCUUCCUCAUGUCAAAUUCACUGAAUACAUCAAAUUCUUAAGCAUUCUCUAUUUCUAAUUCAUGUCUUCCAAUAAUUUCCUUGCCAGUUUAUUGAUUUCAGUAAUUGAUGUAUUUCUGAAACAGAACAAAAUAUGGUCUUACAGUUGUAAAUAACCUCUUGUAAAAGGUGUGGUAAGACAGAACUGAUUAGGUUCAUCCUAGGGACUUCUUGAGAAAGGAUAAGGUUUUGAAAAUUGGUUUUUGGUUCAGAAAGGCACUAAUUAUCAGAUACUUUAAUUUUUUUGCAUGUGUCUUAUCAUUUCAUAGGUCUGCCCUGAAAUAUGUUGCCCCACAUGACAUUCCUCACAGCAAUUAUUUACCUUAGUUUCUUGGUAGUGCAAAGCUUAAACAUUGCUAAGAAGAGACAAAAAGUCGAAAUGUUUUGCAAUCAUCAGGAACGAAAAGCAAGAAAACCAACUUAAAACAGAAGCAUCAAUGUCUACAGCACGAGAAGUAGUUACUGUUUGCUUUGACUAAUCCUGGCAUGGAGAUGCAGUAACAUAGUUAACUGAUUAGACUUCAAACCAGGCAAGCCGACUCUGAUCAGUCAGGGUGUUGCUAUGAAAAUGUAGCAGGAAUUGGCUGUUUCCUUAGCAAGACCGUAGAGAAGCCCGAAAGGCAAUGGUCAGUUUGAUCUAGUUUCAACUGAUGUCCAUAUUUUCCAGUAUGGAUCUGUAGAUACUAAUUGAAUGGGACGCUGGGGGGUUUCAUCCCUCUUCUUAACAUUUAGAUUCUGAAGUCAACUAUAAAUGCCUUGAUUAAGCACAGACCAGAACUGGACAGAGUAUGACUCAAUUGGAAUUUGGAUGUUUUUCCAAAGAAUUCUGAUGUAAUGUUAAAUCUUAAACAUGCAUUUUGUAAAAACAAGUCUUGGAAUUCAUAAAAUAUAGUGACAGAGCUAUCUCCUGUGAUAAUUGUGAGUAUUUUGUUCGCUCUUUCUUUUAUCCUUUAGAAGCUAAUCUUCUCACAAAGCUUGAAUUAUAGAUGACACAGUUAUGUGUUACUGUACCUCUUAAAUGGAACAACAUUAAAUUUGUUCUGUACAUUGUACAAAGUUAUAACGGGGCAGUAUUGUUUGCCAAGCUUAAUGUCUGAACUAUUCUUUAAUGUGGACUGCUACUCUAACACAACAUUGUCAUUAAGAAAUAAUCUUAGUAAAUGCAGUAUCUUUAGGUUAGUCCACAAAUCAGACUCAAAGCUUAACCAAGUUUUGUGACAUCACAACAGAUGUCACAGGAAGAUCGGAUGGCCUGUUGGCCUUUUUUUCAAAUAGCAUUUUGUAAAUUAAUUUAUUUCAUUUUCUGCAUUUUUUAAGGACACAUAUUGAAUGUUAAAAUCUAUUCAGCAUAGAAAUGAGAAGGCUUGCAUUCAUGGUCUUAUGUCAUUGUUAAGUGAAUUUACAUCAACUGAACACUUGCUAAUCUGUAAUCACUACUGUGCUGCAAAGCCAAUUAGCAGGGUCCCAUAAACAGUGAUCUUGCUUUGAUCUUGGAUCUAAAAGAUAACAUCUCUGCUAAUAAAAUGCUUCCGCUUUGCUGAAUGAAUUUUAUGCUGAGAUUCUGGAGAGAGGGCUAUGAUUUCACAAUGUCUUGAUUUGGUGGCAGGAUUGCUACCACUGAGCAAAUGCCAACACUUUUGAAGUGAAUCAAAAUCACUGUUCAACAGUGACCACAGAAUUAGAACAAUAUUAGAGGUUCUCUACAGUUCCAGAAGUAUGUAAUAUGACAGACAUCAUGUCUCUUGGCCUCUCAGCACAGUGUGAUUUACUUUCAUUCUAAUGUUAUUAACAUUAUUUAUAUUUCUUAGAAGUUUACCUAUCACUAGAAAUGUUAGGUUUUUAACAAAUAAACAAGUUGUUAUGCAAAGAGUGAUUAAAGGGAAAAUGUAAAAGAAGCACUUGAAAUUAGUAGCCAGCUUUGGUUAGAACUGACUUUCAUUCUUUCAUCUGAGCACAUUUUCUUGUAUUGCAUCUCCAAUACAUUUCUUUUUUCUUAAUUUAAAACCUUUUGUAGAUGUUACCUGUUUCAGAAAUCUCUUCACAAUUUGAAUUUUUUAAAAUCUAGCAAUACGUUAAAGGUUUAAGUGCUUUGAAUGAAGACUGAAAUGAUCAGUAGGUCAAUGAAUUGAGAUCUAGUUAUUAGCCGAAAGUUAAUGAUAUGACAGUUCAUCUUGCUUUUGAAGAAAACAUAAUUUCAGCAGUUUUUCAGUUGAGACAUUUGCUCUACCUACAAAUAAAGGAUUGCUCCAUAUGUAGGUGAUUAUAAUUGCUGCAAUUACCUGAAUUUUCCUUUGCUGUGAACUAUGUAGUUAGCAACAAAUUUAGAAUGGAUUCAUUCCAUAAAUUCCAAUUGAACAAAAUACUUCACAUGAAGUAUUUGCAUUUCAAAUAAUAUUUUUUCUCUCUCACUGUCUCAACUAUACCUAAUAAAACAAUUUUUAAAAAUCUUCUCUAUUUUCAAAUAAUUUUGUUCGAUACUGAGAAUGUUCCAAUCAUAUAAAUGAAUUGAUGGAAUUUGUGCAACUUGGAAAAUUAGCUACAAUGUACAUUGUCACAUUAUAGCCAAAACAUAACCCACAGCACCACAACUUGGGGAAAAUGGCUUAGUUGUUGACGAGAGAUUGAGAUCAUAAAGCUAAUACAUCAGUUAUGAUAUUAAAAGAUAAUUGAAUGUUUACCUUUUAUCCUGUCAGUGAAAAUAUGCAUUUUUAAAUUAUGUUCAAAUAUUUAGUGAUUUAAACAAAAAUCUUUCAGAUUGCAUCUUGACUGUGAAGAGGGGAAUAUAAUACGGAUAGGGACAUUUAAACAAGUUGUUUUUCUUACAGGAACUGUAUGUUUUUGUUGAAAAUUAGGGACAUUUAACUGUAUUGGCAAGUCCAUAUUAAGGCAAUUUCAUUUAGUUGAAACACCUCCUAUUAAUUCCCUAUGUAGUGCGGUUUUAUUUAAAGUUUCUUAUUGUGAUGUUUUAUGUGAAAGAAAAGAGAACUACUGUAUUGUGGCAUUUGGCAAAACAACUAAAUAUAUUUCUUUAUAUUCAGGAUUGCCUGUGACAUUUGCAAAUGUCACAAAAAAGCAUUUGCCAGAUAAUAUGCUGAGAACUCCUUCUGUUUAGCUGCAUGAGAACCUAUGGGAAACUUGAAGCUUUUGACAGCACUGUCUUCCAUCCUCAGAUACUCAGACUCUCUGAUGAAAUCUACUAGCAUUACAUGAUAUCUUAAAUGGCCUUGUUUGAGAAUAAUUUUCAAGCAUCAUUAUGUGUCCACUAUACAGAAUUUGUUACAUGGUUUACUCUAGAUAAUUAAAUUUCAAAAUUGAGUUAAUCCAA